GUGAGUAAGUUUUAAGGUUAAAUAGAACUAAUGACAAAUGUUUUGACUUAUUGAUUAUUUAUAAAAUUACGUCAUUAUAUUUCUAUCUUGUACCUAUUUUUGUGCAUAGUGUGGUUUUUUGAGUAUGUAAAUUUAUAAAAUGACUAAAUAUGAAACCGACAUGUUGCCAUGUCAUCAUUUCCACCCGGACAAUGUUUUCAAUCGGUUUGAAGUUAUCGAGGUGCCUACUUCAUUUGUAGAGUUAUCGACAUCGAUAGAUCUGGACGUAGAGGUAGAUCUCAAUACGUCUGCCUACUUUAAAACGACCUGCAACGGUGUACUGAUGAAGUUUGAGGAUGCCCGCGACAUGUCUCCGUCUCAUAGAGCCUACAAGAUACAGCAAAAGAAUAAUAGCGUCAUCAGAAUAAUUUUUAAUCCCGGUAACGAAUGCAUUACCAAAGCAAAGCACGAUAAAGAGGGAAAUCAACUCGUGUUUGACCUUCGCUUGAUACGUGUAGAUGGAACUCGAUGUUGUAAUAACGAAUUUCACUCUGAAAUAGGACGUUACUAUAUUUGCGGUCGCUAUGAAUAUUGUGACAUAGCGCACUAUCCUCAUGUAGUGGAUUUUGGAGAUGUUGUCAUGAAUACCGCAGUUACCAGGCAUGUACGUAUUAGAAACAACUCAAACGUGAUAGCGGCUAAAUUUUAUUGCAUAAAGGCUACAGGUUUCAUCGUCACUCCAGCUAGUUUUACGAUAGCCCCGAAUGCUUGUAAACACAUCACUAUUUCUAUAAGGCCCGUCUGUUUUCAAUUUAAACACUGUUGUACUUUCAAGAUAAAAAAUCCCGACGAUGAGUUCAUUGAGUCGUCAAUAGAUGAAAACUCUUUGACAUAUAAUAUUAAUGUUAAGUUGAAUGUGAUGCCUUAUAAAAAACAAAAGAUAGUAAUUGUGGAAUCAUUACACAAACUAAUUGAACCCGAAACCAAAUACACUUACGUGGGUGAAGAGAUAGAGAAGCACUUAAAACAAAAAGCUAAGGCUAUGGAGUUGUGGCAGCUAUGCAAAGCGUCAAAAAGAAUAGUUUCCGCAAAAGAGAAGUUUUGUACUGGCACUGUUAGAUGUUAUUCAGAAGAAUCGGUAAAUAUAAAACUACCACAAAACAACAAAUACAAUUUUUGCAAAAGACCCCCAAAGCAUGUAAACACAUAUGACGUUUUCAAUGUUUUUAUUUUGCCAUUUUCCAUUGAUUUUGGAAGAGUUGGCGUAGAUACCUAUGGUGAGCAUAAUAUAACGAUAGUAAAUAAUACAGACUACGAUAUCACCAUAAAUUUAUGUAAGGAUGAUUACAUUCUUUAUACAGAAAACAAAGUUCGAAAUUUAAAACUAAAACUCGUGCCAUUUACAGAAGCAAGGGUAAAGGUUCUACGACGAGGGUUUGUGGAAGGCUUAGUGAUACAAACAUUUAAUUACACGAUAGAUAACAAAUAUCAUCGCAAACAUCCAUAUAAACUUCAAGUGGGAACUCCAACAGUGUUGGUCCAAGACAAAUUUUUAAAGUUCGGUAUGGUCACCAAUGAAAGUUUCAUUAUUUCUGUACCAUUAAAAAUAUCCAAUUAUUUUAAUGUCCCUGUAACAAUUCACUGGGAAGGUAUAACUUCCGAUACUCCUUUUGAAAUAAUACCACAUAAAAGUUUAAUCCCAAGUCGCACUUCAAAGAUGUCAGAUGUCAUUUAUGCUUGCAAACUUACAAAAUCAAAAGUACACGAAGUAGAGUUAUUUUCAAAUGAUAAAAAAGUGAUUCCGGUCGAAUUAAGUGUAAUUACAAGAAAACUUUCUAUCAAGUUUUUACAACCAACUGUGCAGUUUAAAGAUAUUGCUCUAAAUUUAGAAACAGUUGAAAGAGUUAAACUUGAGAAUUCCUCUAGGGAAAUUGCUGUGUUUUAUGUAAUUGAACCUCUAAUCCCUGGACUCAAAAUAGAACCAAUGAGUGGAGCAAUACGACCUAAGAUGAUAAUUACAUUUGAAAUAAUAGUUAAAAUACCCUGUGUCUUGGAAUUUGCAUUUGAUAUUUAUGUUAAAAUUAACAAUAAAGAAAAUUUGGUUUUGCCUGUAAGUGGGAACGUCUUGGAACCCAAAAUACUAAUCUCUCCGAAAAAUAUUUACAUGGCUCGGAUACCAUGUGAUAUGGUAACGUAUGUACCAAUCACUUUUCUAAACCUCAGUACGUUAAGAAGUGUUAUAGAAGUUUUGGACACAGGUGACGAUAACAUGUUUAACGUAUAUAUAGCUGUGGGAUAUGAAAAACAGAGAAUAUUUAAAUUUUUCGUCGAAGGUAGUCAGUCCAAGACUGUGUUUAUUAGAGUCCAUGAUGUUUUUCGACGGGAAUAUGAGAUGUAUAUUCCCUUUAAAAUAAAUGGACUACUUGGCCCUCCAGACCAUAGAUCUUCAAGUACAGAACUUCGACAUUACAUUGGGGAACACGAAGAGUUAGUAUUUAGUACGAAACUUAUUCAAAAUUUCAUCGAUCAUCAAAAGUUUACCUAUUAA